GUUUCAGUUGAGAGAGAGAGCGCCAGCGCCCCCCUAGCCCCUGACCAGUGAAUGAAGCCUGCGCUGUGUAACGGUGCAGUGAGCCUGACUCCUCCAGCCAGCAGGGAGCGCUGUAGCCGCAGCAGCAGUGGGGGCCAGGCGAACGCCAUUAUGUCCACCUCCUCCUCCUCCUCCUCUUCCUCCUCGGAGGCCUGCCAAGGGGAUACCCACCGCGGGGGAGGAACCAUUCGAGUCUACCUCCCCAACAAACAACGCACAGUGGUGACCGUGCGCCCUGGACAGACGGUUUACGACAGCCUGGACAAAGCCCUGAAAGUGAGGGGACUCAACCAGGACUGCUGUGCUGUCUACAGACUGCUUAAAGGUCGAAAGCAGCUGACGGACUGGAACACUGAUGUCACCCCACUGGAAGGGGAGGAGCUUCUGGUGGAAGUGCUGGACCAUGUGCCACUCACCAUGCACAACUUUGUGCGGAAGACCUUCUUCAAGCUGGCCUACUGUGAUUUCUGCCACAAGUUUCUGUUCCACGGGUUCCGGUGUCAGACUUGUGGCUACAAGUUCCACCAGCACUGCAGCAGCCACCCAAUGUCUGCAGCCAUGUUCAAGACACCCCCGCCAAAUCUCUGUGGUGUUUCUUUCUCUUACAGGUGUUUACCGAAUCCUGAUUCCUCAAACAUCCCCAUCCUCAUAAUUCAAGACCCUUCCAUGGAAAUACGUCCGUCCGACCCUCCUGACACCCCAGAGCCCCCCGAGCUGCUGUCUCAAGACUCUGCCUUCCCGUUCCCCCUGGCCGGAGGUGAGGGGCAGUCCUUGCAGAGGUACCGCUCCACGUCCACUCCCAACGUGCACAUGAUCAGCACUGUGGGGUCGGCAGGAGUGGGGAUCAUCGAGGAGGCAUUAAAAAUGGACUACAUUACUGUUGUGGAUCCUUCCCCUAAGCCCUCGACCAGCCCCUCCCCUAUGGGCUCCCCGGGGAGAAGACACCUCCCCCCAAAAUCCCCUUCAGAGCACCCCAAAGAACGCAAGCAGUCUUCGUCCGACGACAAGAAGAAAGUGCACCGCGGUGGGUACAGAGACUCCAGCUAUUACUGGGAGGUGCACGAGCGAGAGGUGUCCAUGCUGAAGAGAAUCGGGGCUGGCUCCUUCGGGACAGUCUACAAGGGCAAGUGGCACGGAGAUGUGGCUGUGAAGAUCCUCAAAGUGACUGAUCCCACCCCAGAGCAGCUGCUAGCCUUCAAGAACGAGAUGCAGGUGCUCAGGAAGACGCGACACGUCAACAUCCUGCUGUUCAUGGGCUUCAUGACGAAGCCGAACUUUGCCAUCAUCACGCAGUGGUGUGAGGGCAGCAGUCUGUACCACCACCUGCACGUCAUUGAGACCAAGUUCGAGACGAUGAGGAGGAUCGACGUGGCACGGCAGACAGCGCAGGGCAUUGAUUACCUCCACGCCAAGAAUAUCAUUCACAGGGACCUGAAAUCAAACAAUAUCUUUCUGCACGAGGGCUGGACGGUGAAGAUUGGUGAUUUUGGAUUGGCCACUGUCAAAUCCCGGUGGACUGGAUCUCAUCAGGUUGAACAGCCCAGCGGAUCUAUCCUGUGGAUGGCUCCGGAGGUUAUCCGGAUGCAGGAAAGCAAUCCUUACAGCUUCCAGUCUGACGUGUACGGAUAUGGAGUGGUCCUGUUUGUGGUCAUGUCCGGAACGCUGCCUUACUCCAACAUAAACAACAGAGACCAGAUAAUCUUCAUGGUGGGUCGGGGUUACCUGUCUCCUGAUCUCACAAAGGUCUACAGUAACUGCCCCAAAGCCAUGAAGAGACUCAUAAUAAACUGUCUGAAAUUCAAGAAGGACGAGAGGCCACUGUUUCCGCAGAUCCUGGUUGCGAUGGAGCAAGUUCAGGAAUCCUUGCCCAAGAUCGAGCGGAGUGCGUCGGAGCCCUCUCUCCACCGAGCGGUACACUCGGAGGAUCUCAACUCCCUGCUGCUGAACACCACACGCCUGCUGCAGCUAUGAGAGAUCAUCUCCAUGCGGCACAGCGCAGCCAGACAGCUGCUGCUGUGAGAGACCAUCUCCCCCCAACACAGCACAACCAGACAGCUGCCGCUGUGAGAGACCAUCUCACCCCAACACAGCGCAACCAGACAGCUGCCGCUGUGAGUGACCAUCUCCCCCCAACACAGCACAACCAGACAGCUGCCGCUGUGAGAGACCAUCUCACCCCAACACGGCGCAACCAGACAGCUGCCGCUGUGAGAGACCAUCUCACCCCAACACGGCGCAACCAGACAGCUGCCGCUGUGAGAGACCAUCUCACCCCAACACGGCGCAACCAGACAGCUGCCGCUGUGAGAGACCAUCUCACCCCAACACGGCGCAACCAGACAGCUGCCGCUGUGAGAGACCAUCUCACCCCAACACGGCGCAACCAGACAGCUGCCGCUGUGAGAGACCAUCUCACCCCAACACGGCGCAACCAGACAGCUGCCGCUGUGAGAGACCAUCCCACCCCAACACGGCGCAACCAGACAGCUGCCGCUGUGAGAGACCAUCUCACCCCAACACGGCGCAACCAGACAGCUGCCGCUGUGAGAGACCAUCUCACCCCAACACGGCGCAACCAGACAGCUGCCGCUGUGAGAGACCAUCUCACCCCAACACGGCGCAACCAGACAGCUGCCGCUGUGAGAGACCAUCUCACCCCAACACGGCGCAACCAGACAGCUGCCGCUGUGAGAGACCAUCUCACCCCAACACGGCGCAACCAGACAGCUGCCGCUGUGAGAGACCAUCUCACCCCAACACAGCACAUCCAGAGCCCAGAACAAACCCAACUCAACACAGCACAACCAGAGCCAAGAACAAACCCAACUCAACACAGCACAACCAGAGCCCAGAACAAACCAAACUCAACACAACCCAGCCAAGCCUAGUCCAGCCUUGCUCCCUGAAAUCAGGCCUUGAAGGGAAAAAAAAAAACUUUUUUGGGAGAGAGAGAGGCAGAGGACUAAUUUGCGAUUGUCAAAUCACUGAUUUACCACGUCACUUAUCCAGUGCAAGGCUAAAUAGAUCGCUGCCCUCUCCUGCACUGAAAACUCGUCUUUGUAUUAAAAAUAUUUUGUUUUAA